UUUUGCGGUGGUACACAUUGCCAGGACGCGAAAGUGCAAUCAGAAUUUGUGUCCCCCAUUGCCCAAAGUCAUGGCGGUUUCAGAGCUGUUAAAAACUUUUCUUUAUACCGUCAACAACCUGCUACAACAAGAGAAAUACAAAGCGGCCUUGGCAAUUCUCAAAGGCUUCCGAAAUGGCGCCGUUUACGGAGCCAAAAUCAGAGCACCACAUGCUUUUGUGAUGACUUUUCUAUUCCGGAGUGGAAGUUUGGCGGAUAAACUCAAAGCCAUUUUGAAGGCGACGUACACACACUCCCGCAACCUGGCGUACUUUGUGUUCACAUACAAAGGGCUGCAGGCCUUGCAGGAGAAGAUCCAGGGGAAGAGUUUGCAAUCGCACGCCUUUCUGGCCGCCUGUGUCGGAGGAUGGUUGGUGUUUGGUGAUAACAACAAUAUCAACAGUCAGAUCAACAUGUACUUGCUGUCCAGGAUUCUGUUCGCCUUGUCCCGGCUGGCCGUGGAGAAAGGAGUGGUACCCCGUCCAAAACAUGACCCCUUCCCGCUGUUUGCCACACUGGUGUGGGGCGUGGUCUUAUGGCUCUUUGAGUAUCACCCGCAUACACUCCAACCCUCGCUGCAGUCAUCCAUGAACUACCUCUACCAUGACAGCAACGUGUGGCACGACAUCUCUGACUUCCUCAUUUAUAACAAGCCUAGGACUUCUGCUGGCAAAUGAAGCCCAUUUUUACUUCCUUUAUGGACCGGUCCUCUGGAAUAAGCAGUAGACUGGACCAUUAAUGUGUGCCAGGAGACAGUGGGGUUUCUUCUGAUAUCCCAUAUUCCCAUAAGAAAUAAUUGGAAUAGAUUUAAUGAAAUCCGGGGGUCAAACUUUUGCCAUCAUUAAACUUUUAAGUACUGUACAUGUAAUGUUUUAAGGAACAUUUUAGCUUAUUUAAUUAUGUAAGUGGAAAAAUAAGUUGUAAGUAACUGUAAUAGUAAUACUUAGAAAUAUAUAAAAUGUGACACAAGCUUUACAGUUUGAGUACUUUUUUUUAAAUUAAUCUUCUUAGGCUCAUCACUGUCGUUUUUUUAUUGUAAUUAUUAUGACCUGUGUAUAAUCCUAAAAAGCCAAAGACAAACAAAAAUGACAAAACAACAACAAAACAAUUUUAUUGGCCAAGAUCAGGUCAUCUUGUCACAUUUGAGUUCUGCUUUGUUUUUUUUUAAAUUUUUUACUUUUAACCCAGUUUUAUGUUUUACUUUUAAACCAUAUUUUAUGUGGAAUUUUAGCUCAAAUUCCCGGGGGUUUGACUCCUGACCCAUUUCAGCUCCAAGUUGGCUGAUUUUCAAUUCCUAGUUUCAAAGCAAAAUUUUCCAUUGUAAAUAAUAUAAAGUAAUAAUAAUAAUAUAUGUGAAUUCAUUUGUUUCAGCCUCAAACUGGUAUUCUUCUUUGGAUGCUCACUGAGCUGAAGUCUCACAAGAUGUGCUGAAAUCUCACAUAUGGUGAUAAUGUGAACGCCAAAUUUUGACUGACUUUUAAGGGAGAUUUUUCUAGAUUUAGUUUCAAAACCCAAUUUUAGAACAUAUUUUCCAUUGAAUUUGGACUCCUGAGCCAUUGGAGCGCCAAGUUGGUUGACAUUAAAUCUCACACUUGAUGAUGGAAGUUUUGUUUAACCUUUAAACAUAUUUUUCCAGUAAAGUUUGUUCACACUCCAAAUUUGGAAUUCCUUGGAAUUUUUGUUCAAAUUUACAGUGGUUUGACUCCUGAUCCAUUUGAGCUCCAAGUUGGUUGACUUUUAGUUGUCCUCAUUUUAAAACAAAAUUUCCCAAUGUAAAUCAUGUAAAGUGAGUGAAUUUGUUCCAGGCUCAAACUGGUAUUCUUCUGUGGAUGCUCACUGAGCUUAAAUUUCCCAAGUUUUGCUGAAAUCUCACACUUGAUGGUGUGAACUCCAAGUUUUGUUUGACUUUUGAGACAUUUUUCUAGUAAAGUUUGUUCACACUCCAAAUUUUAGAUAUCUCCCUUGGAAUUUUUGCUCAAAUUUCCAGUGGUGUGACUCCUGAGCCAUUUGAGCUCCAAGUUGGUUGACUUUCAAGAUGUCCUCAUUUUUAAAUUAAAUUUCUCAUUGUAAAUAAGGUAACGUGAAUUUAUUAGUUCCAGGCUCAAACUGGUGUUUGUUUGGAUGAUCACUGAGCUUAUAUCUCCCAAGAUUUGCUGAAAUCUCACACUCGAUGAUGGUUUGAACUCCAAAGUUUUGUUUGACUUUUAAGGCAUAUUUUUCCAGAAUUUCUUCAAACUUUCAAUUUUCCUUGGAAGUUUUGCUCAAAUCCACAGUGUUUUUACUCCUGAGCCAUUUCAGCGUAAAGUUUGUUGCUUUCAAGUUUCACAACAAAAUUUCCCAUUUGCAAAUGGAUAGUGAAUUUAUUUGUUCCAGGCUCAAACAGGUAUUCUUUGGACGCUCAAUGAACUGAAGUCUACCAAGAUGUGCUGAAAAGGAUUUGGCUGGAUGAACAGCUUUGCUCAAGAUGUAGUGAAUGAAGCUUAAGCGAAGCAAGCGAUGGACGUGGACAUCAAUAAACAUUCAACUCAGCAUCUGACCAUGGAGGUGGCCGUCGGGACCGGGAGCGCAGGUGACACUUUAUAAAACUGAUAUUUUAAUCAAAGCACCUGGCUGAUGUUUGUCACUGCCUUAUAAGGCACAGAAUGAGUUUUCUGGUAUUUCAGUUACAGUAAUUUGCCUCUUCAUUUUAUUUUAUUUUUUUAAAAAUAAAUCUGUAUAUCUAUCCUUAGGCCCGCAGCGCUCAAUCAGAGGCUGGAGGCUGUGAAAGUUGUACAGUCUGUUUGCAAGUUCAUGUUUUUAUCAAGGUGUGGGAAAUAUUUCCUUUUUGUUCUUCAUGUUGUUUCCUAAAACUGCGUGUUUUGAGUAAAUACAUAUUUUUUUAUUGCAUGUUAUGUUUGAUAUUUAGUUUGCGAUUUGUUUACAAAUUUUUGUAUGUAUUGCUGUUUGAGUUAAUUGUGCUCAGGCCACACCCACCACUUAUUCUAAUGCAUAAUUUGCUUUUUUUAAUCCCUGCAUUGUUUUUAUAGUAUUCUUAAUUGCUUAUUGUAAUAAAUUCACUGUUUGAUUUUUAAUCUCUGGUUUCCCUACUGCUCACCCCUGGGUUUCGAACCUCUUCAAAUUGGGUUCUAGUCCUUUUACUAGGUGGUGCUGUAGGCAGGACUUUAACUAUUCCCACUAUGGCCACAAAGUUUCAGAUGACAGUAUUUGUUUACUGAAAAGUCUGUCAUCUCCAGUGUAUUGUUGCUUGUUUCACAUAGGAUCUUUAUUAAAAAUGACAUGUUAUAAUUGUGGGGGAAACCGUUCAACUGAGGUGGUCUGUGACAACUUGAAAAUAUGUUAUGUGGUUCUGUGGUUCUUUUAUCCGUUUUUAUGUAAAAAAAUUAUUCAUUUGGGGAACAAAAUGUGUAAAAUUUGCUUAAGUGUAUUUAUGACUAAUUAUUCAACCACAAAGCAGUGAUGUUUUAUGAAUUCAUAGAUUUUUGAGAAAAAUAGAGUGAAGCCACGAAAUUCAAAGUACAGAGUGGCGAGGAAUUCAGGCACGGAUUUAGAGGGGGGUGUUACCUGAUAUGCAUAGGGACAUGCAUCUGAAUUGUGGGCGCGUGGUGGACGCAUAUGCCAGAAUGCAACCGAGACGUAUGCUAUUCCUGAACCCACUGUCAGGCUGAUAAUUUACAUUGGACAUUGAACGUGUGCUGGACAUGGCUAUUCAGGUGGAGGUGCAAAAUAAAGGUUCUGGCAUCAUGACUAUAAGGAAAACUGUUCUCUAUUUUUAUUUUAUUGUCAAUGAAAAUUAACCAGAAAAGCGAUCCCCAGUGACAUUAAAUUAUACUCAAAUCCUCAUUUACAGCUGCUUCAAAUUGGAAAAUAUUUCAGGAAAUUAAGCUAAAAUGGGUUUCUCCUAGCACCGGUAAUUUUAUAAAUAGAAUGUCUUGGCUUAAACGAUAUAUUCCAAGGAUAAAAAUAACAACAAACUCUUGAAAUUAAGGACAUAAAAUUGGCCUCAAAUAUCACCAGAUUGUAGGAAAUGAGGUCUAAUUUUAAAAAAAUUUCUGGGGGAGGGUCCCCAGACCGCCUGCUCCAUUUCCAACCACACCCCCCCUUUUCAAAAAAGCUGGAUCCGCCCCUGGAAUUACUGUACAAGAGUACUUCCUUUAAAGAAGGUUUGACCCAAGACCCAGGCUCGCCACAGUUGUAUUAUAAUGCUGACAUUGUAUGCUUUAUUAUCACAUAUUUGUAAAUAACUACCAAAUUAGGGUAAAUGAUUUGGGCUUUCUGCCAAAAAAUGAUCUCUUUUUGUAAAUUAAAAGCAUAAACGGGCUGGUAUUCUUACAAAAUAAUUAAAAAAAAAGUUUUGAUCAAAGAUCUGCAAAUUUGUGGUGUUGCCAAUAUGCGGAGAUCUGCUGUAUAUUUAUAUAGUGUAUAUUGUGUGGGAAUCCCACACAAUAUAGCUUUGAGCUAAUUCGGUUCUCUGGGUUAUUAGUUGAA